AUGUGUUCAUAUCUAUCUAUCUAUCUAUCUAUCUAUCUAUCUUCGUCUUUUCAUAUCUAUCUAUCCUGCCCUCUUUGUUCCUCUCUAUCUAUCUUACUGUGCGUAUCUAUCUAUCUAUAUAUCUAUCUAUCUAUCUAUCUAAUUGUUCGUAUCUAUCUAUCUAUUUAUCUAUCUCUUGCUAUUUCUAUCUAUUUUAUCUGUCUGUCUGUCAGUCUGUCUAUUCGUAUCUAUCUAUCUAUCUAUCUAUCUAUCUAUCUAUCUUACUGUUCGUAUCUAUCUAUUUAUCGAUCUAUUUAUCUAUCUCUUGCUAUUUCUAUCUAUUUUAUCUGUCUGUCUGUCAGUCUGUUCGUAUCUAUCUAUAUUACUGUUCGUAUCUAUCUAUCUAUCUAUCUAUCUAUCUUAUUGUUCGUAUCUAUGUAUGUAUCUUCCUAUGUUUAUAUUUAUCUAUCUAUCGAUCUAUCUAUAUGCCAGUCUGUUGCUAUCUAUCUCUCAGUCUGUCAUCUAUUCAUAUCUUUCCUAUUUAUUUACCACGGGUAUUCAUAUCUAUCUCCGUUUAUUCAUAUCUAUCUAUCUAUCUAUCUAUCUAUCUAUCUAUCUAUCUAUCUAUCUAUCUCUAUCUAUCUCAGUCUAUUCAUAUCUAUCCAUCUAUUUAUCACUGCUAUUCAUAUCUAUCUAUCUAUCUCCGUUUAUUCAUAUCUAUCUAUCUAUCUAUCUAUCUAUCUAUCUAUCUAUCUAUCUAUCUAUCUAUCUAUCUCAGUCUAUUCAUAUCUAUCCAUCUAUUUAUCACGGCUAUUCAUAUCUAUCUAUCUAUCUAUCUAUCUAUCUAUCUAUCUAUCUAUCUAUCUAUCUCCGUUUAUUCAUAUCUAUCUAUCUAUCUAUCUAUCUAUCUAUCUAUCUAUCUAUCUAUCUCAGUCUAUUCAUAUCUAUCUAUCUAUCUAUUUAUCACGGCUAUUCAUAUCUAUCUAUCUAUCUAUCUAUCUAUCUAUCUAUCUAUCUAUCUCCGUUUAUUCACAUCUCCGUUUAUCUAUCUAUCUAUCUAUCUAUCUAUCUAUCUAUCUAUCUAUCUAUCUAUCUAUCUAUCUAUGUUUACAUCUGUCUGUCUGUCUAUCUAUCUAUCUAUCUAUCUAUCUAUCUUAA